AGACUGAUGAAAGAAUGUAUGGUUAGACUCAUCUAUUGUGAAAUGCUGGGGUAUGAGUCUUCCUUUGGAUAUAUCCAUGCAAUCAAGCUUGCGCAGCAAGGAAAUCUUUUGGAGAAAAGAGUUGAGGAAAUGGUUUAACUCCAAGCAAUACUAUGUCUGCAUACACAGAAGGAAGGCAGUGUCUUGUGGGAUAGCUUGUUUGAUAUCCUGUGUUUAAAUUUCAUCUGGAUCAUCCACUCAAGUAUUGGAGUUUCUGAGAGAAUGUGUUACAAGUGAUGAUUUAAAGUUACUUUAUGCCUGAGUAAUGAAAACCAGUUUGCAGAUGCUCUGGUAGGGAUUAAAAAACCCUCUGUCUUCGCCAAACCUGAGAGGGCGGGUGGUAAGCUGUUUUGAAGACAACUUUAUGACCUCUGUAUAUGUGAUACAUGAAGAUGACCUUGUCUGUUCUCGGUGCAGUAUGCCAAAGUUUGUAUUAAGGAAUUUGUUGUCAGUUGAUCCAGUCGAGAUGGGUUACCCUUUUACCCAGCGUGAGCCUCAAUGAAUGAGAGCAAACUGCAUGUUUGCAGGUUACUUGGCAGUUUCUUUAUUUCUACAUGAAAAUCAUGAGCUGCUACUUCUACUUGUGAACACAGUUGUGAAGGACUUACAGAGCACUAAUCUAGUAGAGGUGUGCAUGGCAUUAACUGUUGUCAGCCAGAUCUUUCCACGGGAGAUGAUUCCAGCUGUUCUUCCCCUAAUAGAAGACAAGCUCCAGCAUUCUAAGGAAAUUAUCCGAAGAAAAGCUGUUCAAGCUUUAUACAAAUUCUAUGUCAUCGCUCCUAACCAAGUUCAGCAUAUUCAUGAUAAGUUUCGGAAAGCCUUAUGUGACAGGGAUGCUGGAGUCAUGGCUGCUUCUUUGCAUAUAUAUCUUCAAAUGAUUAAGGAAAACUCAUCUGAAUACAAGGACUUGACUGGGAGUUUUGUAACCAUCCUAAAGCAGGUAGUGGGAGGAAAGCUCCCUGUUGACUUCAACUAUCACAGCGUGCCAGCACCAUGGUUACAAAUCCAGCUUUUAAGAAUAUUGGGGUUGUUAGGAAAAGAUGAUCAAAGGACAAGUGAAUUGAUGUAUGAUGUUCUAGAUGAAUCUUUAAGAAGAGCAGAGAUAAAUCAUAAUAUUACAUAUGCCAUCCUGUUUGAAUGUGUCCAAACAAUUUAUACAAUUUAUCCCAAAUCUGAACUACUUGAAAAAGCUGCCAAGUGCAUUGGAAAAUUUGUUUUAUCACCCAAAAUUAAUCUGAAAUAUUUAGGUUUAAAGGCUCUAACUUAUGUUAUUCAGCAGGAUCCUAAUCUGGCACUUCAGCACCAGAUGACAAUAAUUGAAUGUCUGGACCAUCCAGAUCCCAUUAUUAAAAGGGAGACUUUAGAGCUUCUCUAUAGAAUUACAAAUGGACAGAAUGUAAUUGUCAUAGUUCAGAAGAUGCUUGACUACUUGAGAGAAAGCAAAGAGGAAUAUGCUAUCAUCAACUUAGCUGGAAAAAUAGCAGAACUAGCUGAGAAGUAUGCCCCUGACAAUGAGUGGUUCAUCCAAACAAUGAAUUCUGUGUUUUCAGUUGGAGGUGAUGUUGUGCAUCCUGAUAUCCCAAACAACUUUCUGAGGCUUUUGGCUGAAGGAUUUGAUGAUGGAAAAGAAGAUAAUCAGCUACGGAUGUAUGCAGUGCAGUCUUAUUUAACAUUGCUUGAAGAGGAAGAUGCAUUAUAUCCACAGAAAUUCCUUCAAGUUAUGAGUUGGGUGUUGGGAGAAUAUUCCAGCCUUGUUACGAAUGUUGAUCCAGAAGUUAUUUUGACAAAGCUACACAGCCUGCUGAAGAAGACGUUCGUUACUUCUGAAACGAAAGCAUGGAUAAUGGCUGCGGUCACUAAGAUAGCAUCACAUACCUCAUGUUCGAAAACAGUUGACAAACUGAUUCAAGAAUUCAGCAACUCUCUAGAUACCUGCGUGAGACAACACGCCUUUGAACUGAAGCAUUUGUGUGAAGACAAAGCACUGAUGAAAAACUUGCUUCCAUUUGAUGCUAGUUGCAAUGACAUGGUGGUAGAUGCUUCUUUAUCUUUUCUGGAUGAAUUUGUGGCUGAGGGACUUGGUCGUGGUGCAGCACCAUAUAAACCUCAUCACCAGAGACAAGAGGAGAAACUUUCUCAGGAAAAAGCUCUGAAUUUUGAACCUUAUGGAUUGUCAUUUGCUUCAAGUGUGUCCUCAUGUGGUGUCACUGGCAGGCAGUCCCCCACUGGUUUAUCUUUUGGUUCUGAUAUGUCUGGUAAUAGUGCUGAGACGGGACAUAAAGAGACAAAUACUCUGAAACUGGAGGGAGUACGCAAGCUGUGGGGAAAAGAAGGCUAUCUUCCAAAGAAAGAAAACAAAGUAGGGAAAGAAAAUGAGCCACAAACGGUUUCUUGUGGCGGCUUGUUAGCGGUACAGGUGGGUGAUCCUCCUGCCUCGCAGUCUGACCAAGUUGCCAGCCUCUCUGAGGAAGACAAAGAGAAGCAGCAGUUAGCGUCAACUUUGUUUAUUGGGCUGGGAUCAAAUGCUGGUGUCAGUCUGAUGGGGAAAGCAGACACAGCUACUCAGAAGUUCAAAAGAAAAUCAAAGAUAAAUGAAACUCAAAAUAGCGAGGAAGCAACAGACUUCCAAGAUAGUGCUGCUUCUGAUUUUGUUCCCUUACUUGAUACAAUACCUAUUAACGUGGAAGACUGUGAAGGAAAUAUAGACACAGGGUUAAGAAAAGCCUCCCUGCAUUCUUCAGAUAUUGUAGAAGAUAAUUUAGCAUUUGAAACACCUCAGUCCCUCAGAAAAUCUGGGCUGAAUGACAGGCUUUCAGGUAGUACGCUGUCACAGUCAUCCUUGUUUGCUGAUAGCAAUAUUGAAAUUUUUCAGCCUUCUCCAAGUGCUCACUGUGAAAGUGCCAGUAAAAUGCUGUUGGCCCCAUCCUUACCAGAAGAGCUGGAAGACCUCCCUCACUCUGAAGUUGUGGAACUGUGUCAGAGUGAUGCCUUAGCCCUGUAUUCAUGUAAGGUGUGGACAGAUGACUCUCUGUUGCUCACUGUUUUUGUUUCAAACAAAACCACUUCUGCACUUAACGCUGUGAACUUAGUGUUCGAAGAAGCAGAACAUUUCCAGAUUUUGGAGAGUCCCACCUACCAGUUUCCUGUAAUUGAAGCUCAAAGUGUGGAACAUUGUCAGAAAUGUGUGUGGAUGCACAAAAUCUGUACACAGGGAGUUCUUUCUGGCUCCGUUAAUUACCAGUCAGAGAUGGAAUCUCACUUUGAAUUUUCAAUAACUUUAUCAUUGAUGGACUUCAUCAGGCCAAUGGAAAUGACUACAGAAGACUUUGGGAAGCUGUGGUUGUCCCUUUCCAAUGAUGUGAAACAGAAUAUAAAAAUGUCAUCUUCUGAAGGCUCCCUUUCAGCAGCUCUGAAUACACUGCAACAGAAGCUGAAACUCCAUAUAGUUGACGUUAUAGGUAAUGAGGGAAUACUGGCUUGCCAGUUACUUCCGUCUGUGCCCUGUCUGCUGCACUGUCGUACUCACUCAGGGAUGCUGGCUUUGUGGUUCAGAUCGCCUUGUUCUGCUCUUCCAGAUGGUUUGCUUUAUCAGUGUCAAAAGGUGAUGGAGGAAUCCUAAUAACAAUAAUGCCUGCCUUAAUCUAUUUGGUGUGUGAAAAGCAAAGCAAAGAUUUAUACUGUUGCACAGAUAAUUACCAAAGCUAAAUUAAGAUGCUGCUUCUCAGAAGUAUUAGAAGUUUUCUUCCAGCUGGCAUGUCAUGUGGACUUGUGGGGGAAGAAUGAUGUCCUAAAUCUUGCCUGCAAAAACAUGCUCAGGACUGUACAGUAACUAACAAGUAAUCCAUUAAAGUAUUGUUACCUGUUUUAAGUGAAAUGUAUAUUUAAGUUUGUUGUAAAUGACUGAAAGUAUUUAUUUUUAUUAUGCAGCUUUUAUAGAUGCCAACACUUAUUCCCUGUAGCAACUACUUAAAUAUUAUUUUAAAGAAAACAUAUCUCCAUUAUGAGGCCAGACCUGAUCAGUUAUCAGGAUAAUCUAAUUUUACUUUGAUAAUUUUUCUAAGGCUAUUUUUAAGCACUGCUGGCAACAAGACAUGUAUUGGUGGUUGUAUAAAGUAACUUAUGUAGCAACAAACGUGUUUUGGAGACAGUUAAAAGAUUUCAGUGAGCGCCACACUUCCCGACAGGAGGCAGGCAUGUGAAGUUGUAUGGAAGCGUCUCCUGGGGGAUUAUCUAAGGCCUUUCAGGUUAGUUCCUGUCUGCAGCUCUUCCUGCCACAUGUUGCAGUCACGUUCCCUUUCCUUAGGGGUCUGUGCCAGCCCUGAAUAGUUGUGCAUGUCUGAAGAGAAGUUACCUGGAUGGAGUCUGAGAUGGCUGAGCUGGGAGUAGUUGGUCGUGGACAUGUUGACAAGUUGGUAGUUGCCUAGUGGGCGUGUUCAUUGCUCUCCAGUCAGUCCUGCGAAUUUCAUCUCGCUGAUAUCUCUGUCCGUGAAAGUUCACAUGGAGGAAAUCUGUCACUUAUUUUUACUUAAUUAUUUAUAGGCUCAGUUUGACUCUUUGAACCUUUGACUUACACAGAUGUGGCUGUAUUGUGUGUGCAUGGCUAGGAACUGCAGUAAGGCAUGGAAGAUCUAAAUUGGAGCAGCAUACGUGAUAAAUGUCUGUCUAGGCUGUCUCCUUUUCUUCCUGAAAUAGUCUCACAGUCUUGGAGAUCCAGCAAUCUUAAUUUAUUUAGAUGUUAAAUGAGAAGUUUAUAACCGGUCAUGUUUUUUAUUUAAAAACAUCAGAGAUUGUACGCAUGGUUCAGACAUGGUAUAAAUGGGUUUUACAGUGGAAUUCUCUCCUUUGUGUGUCUAAUAUUAAACAAGGAAAUUCUUUGUUAUAUUUCAGUGUUACUGAUUUUUACCUGAUAAGCACUGGUUGUACAAGAAAAUAAAGGAUUCUGUUUCUUUGCUAAUGUUUUGGUGAAUGUUCAUGGAAUCAUCAUAAGAAUGUUAAUGUGCUGAUAGUUGGGUUUUUUUUUUUAAAUCAAGCCACUUGUGUUAUCCCAAGUAUAAUCAUAUAAGCAAAGCUUUUUUUUUUAAUUGCUGUUUCCAUAUCCUCUUACUGAGGAAUAUCAAGUGCACUGAACCUGUAAAUAUACUGAAUGUUCUGCAUACUUUAAUGUUUACUUCGAGACAGUUUCUAUAAAUGAAAAUUGGUUUAUAGUGGAAUAAUUUCCAGGAACCACUUUUCCUCCUGGUGAAUCAGACUUGUGUUAUGCAACUGGACAUUUGUAAUCAUAUGAACUAUAAUAGAGGUAUGUGUUUGUGGCCUAUGCAUUUAAAUCAUUUCAGCAAUGAGAUGUUCAAUGUCCUAGUGUUUAAAAAGAACAGCAAAAGACAAUAAUGCCUUCUAUUGUUCAUGGAAUGUUCUUUAUAAUCUCUUUCACUGUAUGAAUAGUGUAUGUUAAGCUGUCUGUAUGCAGAUUUGAGGAGCUUUAUGGUAACGUGACAUAAAGGAGUUGGAAGGGAA